UGCAAACUCAGGUACAAUCCGAUCGAAGUUGAACGGCUACUUUCCAUUUUCUGUCAAUUGAUCUCUUAGUGUAUAUUUGUCGUUUUCACGUUUUAGAAGGAAGCUCAUUUGACGAUCGUCAUUUUUUCUUCUUUUUUCGGAAUAAACCUAAAAUGUUCCAUCCGAAGAUUGAUUUUAUAAAUGUUGACGUUGUUUAUUUGACGUAUAAUCCAGAACGAAAGGCGUCUAAUCCAUCGCUCGAAUACGAAGGAAACAAUUUAGCUGGCCUACCCGAUUUGCACAGUCAUUACAUGGAAACUCUUGAAUCUAAAAAUCUAAUGCCAACGAUUUUGUACAAACAAUGCAUGUGGUACAACUCGAUCCUUCAGGAAGAGCUGCACGAGGCACCGUCUGGCUAUAAAAUUCAAGUGUUUCAUUGGAAAAUAGAAUCGGGAAUCCAUGAAGCUUUUCGCAUUAAAAAUAUGGAAUUCAAUACGGUAACAAUGAUCAUCGGAGCAAAUACGGAAUAUUGGUAUGGUAUAAAUACAUCACGAACUGCUGGCUUCAGGAAACGUGGUAGAUAUCCAAGACAAUUUUCAGAUAAAUCAAACAUUCUGAACGUUCGACCAUCAUUGCCACAAUGUCCGAUAAUAUUAUCAUCAUGUAAUUUGACAACGAUCAAUGUGUGUAAUUGUUUCGCUAAAUUGUUUCUUAGUGGCCAGUGUUUGACGAAUAUUAACUGUGAUUUGACGCUGAAAAAACUAAACGAAUUGGCUGGCAUUGUAGCCAAAUUUACCGGUAAAUCAGACAACGAUACCGGCGAUGACGAAGGUGUCAUGGAGGAUAUUUUAUUAUUUCGAAUUUAUAUGACAAAAUGUAGUCGCGAUGAUGCCUUUAAGAAAAUUCAGUCGAAUCGUUGUAAAUUUAAUUUUAAGACCAAAAAGUAUAGUAAAUUGACGGCAAUUACUGAAUCGGAAGAUGAAAUGUAAUUUGGAGUGUAAUGGAAGGAAUUCUUCCAAUUUUUUUUAAAGAACAUUUUGACCACAUGUGAAAGUUCCAUUUAAUGUUACCGAAAAAUAUUUAAUAAAAAUCUAAUUUCACUCACAUC